CGGAUGGAGGGGGCCGGGGCCGCGGGCCGCGGCUGCUAGAGCGGCGAGCGGCAUGAGCGGAGCGCGGGCGGCGCGGUGAGCGGGGUCGGCCGGCCGCCCAGCAGAGGUCCGCGCCCGGCGGGACCAUGCGGCUGCGCGUGUACAAGCGGAAGGUGCUGGGCCUGGCGCUCGCGCUGGCCGCCUGCGGCCUGGUGCUCUGGAGCGGCGCCGGCCGCCGCCGCAGGGGCGAGGCCCCGCCGCCGGACGCCGAGCCCGCGCGCGCCGUCCGCGGGGACCGCGCCGAGCCCGCGGGCGCCCGCCGGGCCGCCAACGACUCGGCCGCGCCGCCCGUGCCCGGCGCGCCGCAGCCCGAGGCGGACAACCUGACGCUGCGCUACCGCGCGCUGGUGUACCAGCGCAACUUCGACCAGCCGCUGCGGAACGCGGGCCGCGCCUGGGCGCCCCGCGAGCUGGUGCUGGUGGUGCAGGUGCACGACCGGCCCGAGUACCUGAGCCUGCUGCUGCGCUCCCUGCGGAGGGCCCGCGGCAUCAGCGACGUGCUCGUCAUCUUCAGCCACGACGUCUGGUCGGCCGAGAUCAACCGGCUCAUCGCCGCGGUGGACUUCUGCCCGGUCCUGCAGAUCUUCUUUCCUUUCAGCAUCCAGCUGUACCCCCACGAGUUUCCGGGCAGCGACCCCAGGGACUGCCCCCGGGACCUGAAGAAGAACGCGGCUCUGAGGAUGGGCUGCAUUAACGCCGAGUACCCCGACUCCUUCGGCCACUACCGGGAGGCCAAGUUCUCCCAAACCAAGCACCACUGGUGGUGGAAGCUGCACUUCGUGUGGGAGAGGGUCAAGGUCCUUCGCGACUAUGCUGGCCUCUUACUCUUCCUGGAGGAGGAUCACUACUUAGCCCCGGACUUUUACCACGUCUUCAAACAGAUGUGGAACCUGAAGCAGCAAGAGUGUCCGGAGUGUGAUGUGCUGUCCCUGGGGACCUAUACUGCCAGUCGCAGCUUCGUUGGCAUUGCUGACAAGGUGGAUGUGAAAACUUGGAAAUCCACAGAGCACAAUAUGGGUCUAGCCUUGACCCGGGAUGCGUAUCAGAAACUCAUCGAGUGCACAGACGCUUUCUGUACUUAUGAUGAUUAUAACUGGGACUGGACUCUUCAAUAUUUGACUGUAUCUUGUCUUCCAAAAUUCUGGAAAGUGCUGGUUCCUCAAGCUCCUAGGAUUUUUCAUGCUGGAGACUGUGGUAUGCACCACAAGAAAACCUGUAGACCGUCCACCCAGAGUGCCCAAAUCGAGUCACUCUUAAAUAAUAACAAACAGUACCUGUUUCCAGAAACUCUAGUUGUCAGUGAGAAGUUUAUGGCAGCCAUUUCCCCACCUAGGAAAAAUGGAGGGUGGGGAGAUAUUAGGGACCAUGAACUCUGUAAAAGUUAUAGAAGACUGCAGUGAAAAAUCACAAGUACGAAGCAAAAGUGACAGUCUUCUAUUUUUGAUAUUUGUCCAAACAUACAAGUGAAUA